GUCCUUGCAGCCUGGCUCACGCCUCGUCUCCUCCUCUGCUGAGCUGCUCUUCCUGACAUUUUCAUCACUCCGUGUUUCACUGAACUGUAGCUGUAAGGUUGGAGUCUCCUAUUAUCCGCACAUUGAUCACAUGAACCAGGGAUGUCUCGUCCCGCUCCGUCUCCCAUCUACACCCUGAGGGGGGCUGGUGGGCCACUCAACACCCUGCACUUUAGCUGCCUUGGAGGGGACACUCCCCUUCUAUUUUCUGGGUCAGGGACUGGUGCCAUCCAUAUCUGGAACCUGAACAGCAGGAGGGCUGAGAAGAUUGUAGAAGGUCAUUCUGGUAGCUCGGUCAUUUGGGUGAACUCUCUGCAGUCGAAAGAUGCCCUCAUCAGUCAGGGACGGGACAUGCAGGUGUCUUUGUGGGACCUGAGAGAAGGUCGCAGUGAGCUAGUGGACUCUGUGUGGACCGACAGCGUUGGAUUCUGUCAGUGCUCCCUGUUGGAGUCGAGCCCUGGAAACUACUUGCUGGCGUUUGCUGGAAAACAGACAGAAGAGAUAAAGAUUAUUGAGCUGCCCAGUAAGACUCCAGUCUGCACCCUGGUCCCAGAUGCUAAGCUGGGAAUGGUCAUGUGUAUCAAACUGUGGCAGCCAGACUCGGGUCCCGGACCUCUCCUGUUGGCUGGAUACGAGGACGGCUCCCUACUGCUGUGGGACGUAACCCAGAGGUCUAAGCUGAGCCAAGUCAAAGCCCACCCUGAACCCGUCAUGUGCCUGACCUUUGACACCAAGCGUCUGAGAGGCAUAUCAGGCUCCUCUGAGAAGAAGCUCACUUCCUGGAUGCUGGACACACAGACCAACCUGCAGCUCCAGGACUAUGUGACUUUGGUCAACCCUGGGGUUUCCGACCUGUGCAUCAGGGACGACGGCAAGCUUCUGGCGUCAGCGGGCUGGGACCACAGCGUGCGGGUCUUUGGCUGGAAGAAGCUGCGGCCGCUGGCAGUGCUUCAAUACCACACCGACGUGGUGUUGAGCGUGGCCUUCUCAAACCACCAGGACCCCAGACAGAGACUGCUGGCUGCUGGAUCCAAGGACCAGAGGAUCAGCCUGUGGUCAAUAUACAACGAAGGAGCUGUCAACAGCUGAACCUCUGACUCCUGGGAGGACACACAGACUUUCCCUCAAAACUUCUUAUCUGGCAUCUGCCCUGAUGCAAUGUGAUGCAAUGGCUGCUCCAUAUUUCCGUCAUUCUUGCAGUCAAAACUCUUUCUGCUUCGUGGUAAAAACCUGUUUCCCAACUUGCACCACAAAGAGGACUUUUCAGUUAUUCACCCUCAUUGAUAUAAAGGGAGAACUAGGUUUCUUCAAUACUGCUUUAUAAAGUUCAAUCUGAACAUUAAACCCUUCUUGAAGUUAGGAUUUAAAGCUGAUAUAUUAUACUGCGUUCGAUUUUUUUCAAGGGCAUCUAAUCCACUGAGUAUUAACCUCUGGGAGCAACGGACAUCAUGUUGAGGUCGCCGUUGUAAGGAGUGGAUAUCCGGUCUGAGUCCACAGGAGUUGAAAGUUUCUGCACACCAAACCAGAACAAAUAACUUUUUGUAGAUGUUUUAAAUCCAGAAAACCUUUUGGCAAAUCUCUAUAACAACUACCUGCAUUCAUGAAUGCAGAUACAUUUCAGUCGAUGUGCCGCGCCUCUUUUACCUGUUGGCAACCAAAGCUUGCUCAAAUGUAAUUGGUCAAACUAGACACAGAAACCAGAAGGCUUCUGGACCAUAAACCACCUACAGUUUGUUCAUAUCAGCAAAAUCUGUUUAUAGAGAUCUUAUAAACUGGUUACUGUCUUUGAAAGAUAAAGUAAACAUGAAGUUGUAAAAAAAGAAGACCGCAUUCUAUUUUAAGGCUUUAUCAUGUCAUUAUCUAUUAUUUUAAAUUUAAAUUUAGCCUUCUAGAGCUGCUCAUCCAUUCUUUUGCUGUUAAUCCUGUUGAAACGGCUGCGGCCUUUUCAAAUAGUUAAUAAGGCUCCGGCAAAGUUGUUCAGCCCACUGUUUUCUGAAGGCUGAUGCGAUGCCCUGUGCAGCUAAAGUGAUUGUGUUGACUUAUCUGAUGGGAGAUAUGCUCCAGUGGACCUGGAUUCGAGGUGUACAACGCACCUGAGCGGCUAUGUAAUCCUGUGUUGUUAUUCUAGCAGGUCUUAGUUUAACACACAGGCGCUGCAGCCUGACCUGAGCUGUAUUUGUUUAACCAGGUUAAUCACAGCAGGGGUAGAGAAUAGAGGGAUGUUGUUUUAGUAAAGGUGCUCAUCUGCAGUUGGUGUUAUCUGUUUAGGAGCUGAUUUGUUUUUUUUAUUUACUUUCUAAACAGAGAACAAUGUACUCCUAACUUUACACAAGUAAUAGUAUAGAGGAAUCUUUUUUUUAACAUUUUAUUGUAGUCAAUAUGCUGGAUAAUGAUGCAUUUAAUAUACAUGUUAUGCCAAAAACAGAUGUCUUUUUAAGAAAAGGACGUUUGUCAAGAAAGAGGCCAGGGGUCCUAUUGUGAAAGUCCCAGAGAAAUAUAUAAGUGAUGUUUUUCUGUCCACUGUCUCUGAUGAGCGACAUGGGAGCUCAUGUGUUACAACACGGUGCCGGGAGCCCGAGGGGGCCGGGGCUUCAAACGCCCAACUUUCUGCUUCAUAAAGGCUUUUUUCUCCUGGGAUAACCCCAAAAUUGAUAAGCUCAUCAUGCUGUACAGGAAGGGCCUGAGAAAUCAAAGAGCCGGGCCCGACAUAAUGGCCAAAAAUCAUUAACGAACAGAGGAAAGACAAGGUCAUCUGCUCGACAAGCCGCCUCGCUGUUGCACAACUGUCAUGGAAAAUGGUGUGCAACUGCAGCUCUGGGUUGUCUAGCCUGUGUUCAGUGUAAAGUUCUAAAAACCAUUUGUUUUGUAUUUUGUUGAAAACUUUUUAUCAUUAAAAAAAAUACUUGGACUGAAAACUC